CACAAUAUUUCCCAUUUUCUCUGAUUACGCCUAUCAGCAGUCAUUUUACUUUCGCCCUCUGGACGGAACUACCAGGCACUAACAACCGAUUUCUCGCUGACGCAGACCAUCAAUGCCGUCACACAGGAAAGGUAAAGACUCGUCAUCAAAGCUCUUGCCUGCCGGUGGACUUUCAUCGGCCGCAAAGGAAGUUCCUUCGACUCCUACGCCGAAGACGACACCUGCAACAACCACCACGCUGAGGAGGACACCUGCUGCAACACCGACACCUUACAAGAAGAAGGCGCCUGCCACACCCAACAAUGCAUCUGCAACUCCCAAGAAACCGAAAAAGAAGAAGAAGAACAACUUUUGCGCGGUUGGAAUGAUACUGCAAGAUCAUCAGAAGGCCAUUCAUGAAGAAAUCCUCCGAUCGCUCAUCAUCAACCUCAAGAUUCCCAGGCCAACUCCGACGUCGCGUCUCUCACAGAUGGAAGUAUUUUUCCCGGUCCACACAAUCGGAUGUAUCGGCACAGAGAUGUGGAGGCAUUGUAUGAUGGAUGAUUCGGAUGCUUUUUUUGGGAGUGUGUUACACAUGAUCCAAGACUGCGUUCAUUCAUAUGACGGAUCACUGGCCAUAAUCCCCGAAAUCUUUUGGCUCAGCAACGCACAAGAGAUGUUUUCUUUUGUUUCCUUAGUGGAAAAAGGCAAACCACAUAACAAUUGCCUAGAUUGGAAAAUUCGAAUGUCCAUCCUUAGGCACGAUUUGGACUCUCUCGUAUACAACAUCUAUCAAUCGUUCAUUCGGAAGAUCAAGAGGCAUUUGGCCUUGAUGGUUAUACCGGCCAUAAUCGAAGCUCAACCCCUACCUGGAUUCUUCACAGAGGACAAGUCGGCCUGGCCAAUAACGAGCUUUAUGAAAUUGACCUUGGGAACAGAAUCGCCCCCAGGAAGGACGUAUACGACGAUGGAUAUCAUCGAUUUGUUCGACAGUUUAUGGAAGUGCUUUGAGGAAUUCUUUGUGGAGCUUGUGAUUGUGAAAAAUGUAUUUUCUGAAUUGUUGGAUUUGAUUAACAGGGUGGCGUUCAAUGAUCUCGUCAGGAGGACAAAUUUUUGUUCAUUUAAACGCGGUACGUAUGCGCAGUGUUUAGUUUACCCUUUAAAAGACUUGGAGCGCUCACCAGAUUUUGCAGGCCUUCAAAUCCAGUAUAACCUCCAGCGCAUCGAAGAAUGGUGCAGAUCUCAUGAUAUGACCGACGACCUUCACCUUCUCAGACAUAUACAGCAAGCCACUAAAAUCGGCCUAAUGAGGAUGCAAUCCCCAGAAGACGCUCAUCACAUCUUUGAAGUCUGUUCAGACCUCAUCCCCGCCCAAAUUUACAAACUGGUCAAACAAUACGCCACCAACAACCCCGCCAUUGUCCCUCCGGGCCAAAAAUUCUUCCAGGCCAUUACUGUUCGUCUACAGCCUGGGAAGGAUUUUCAAAAUAUGACCAUACCAAUUAUCGAUGAAGCACUUCCUUUCCGAGCUCCUCCACCUAGGAAAAUUGACCUGCUCAGUACUUAUUUACCUGAUGAUGUUGAAGCCCCAACUGUUCGGCGGAUAAUGGAUAUAAUUUAAUGUAUAUGUAAUGUGGUAUCUUGUAUGUCAUAAU